CUUGUCCCUUCCUCCUUUCUCUUUCUCAUAUUAUGCUUUUCUUCCCGCUCUUUUACAGAUACCAAAACCAACCAAUAAAAAUAUUCAAAACAUAUCUCCGUUUAUUUAAGACCAACAAUGAUAACUAUUAUUUGUGUUUAUAUCUAUCUUUGUCAUUGUGGACUCUAUCUUGAUCUAUCGUAAAUUUUGAUAAAUUUAUAAAUUAUUUUGGGUUGAGUUAUGCCUGCCAAUUUCUAGGAUUUGAUUGCUUUUUUAUGUUAAAAAGCAUAAGAACUAGAUUUUAAUUUUUUUCAAAUCAUAAGAACUUCAUUCUAUUUUUUUUUUCAAAUGUAAAGGCCAAAUUUACCCUUUAAUUUAAUUAUUAUUAUUAUUAUUAUUAUUAUUAUUUCAGGGGUUGCUCUGUUCCUUCCUCCAAAGUUUUAGGCCACUUUCCAGCUGCAGCAUCAUAGUUGACAAGAUUUGCCAGCUUUCAUUUCUCUGGCAUUUCUCCUCAAAGUCAAUCACCAGUCCUAUAUAAAUCCCUUCUCAUCUCCCCCAACUUCAUCACCAUUCUCCCUCGUCUCUCUUCAUUCUACUUCUUCAUUCUUAUUAAUUAAUAACCAACUCCUCUUAAGCUAAAGCAAAACACAGGUUCAUUCAACAACACACAAUGCGUCAGCUGCUUCAACUUUGUGUUUUCAUGGCUUCUCUAAUGGCUGCCACCACCGCCGGCAACUUUCUCCGAGAUGUCGACGUUACCUGGGGCGGUCCACGUGCCAAAAUGCUAGAUGGAGGCCGACAUCUCACCCUCUCUCUUGACAAAGAUUCAGGGUCUGGUUUCCAAUCUAAGAAAGAGUUUCUAUUUGGAAGGUUUGAUGUUCGAAUGAUGCUUGUCCCUGGAAACUCUGCUGGCACUGUUACCACCUUUUAUUUGUCUUCUGAAGGAACAAGUCAUGAUGAGAUUGACUUUGAAUUUUUAGGCAAUUUAACGGGACAUCCUUACACACUUCACACCAAUGUGUACUCUCAAGGAAAAGGAGACAGAGAACAACAGUUUCAUCUCUGGUUUGAUCCCACAAAGGCCUUCCACACUUAUUCCAUUGAUUGGUCUCCACAAAGUAUCAAGUUUCUAGUAGAUAACAUUCCAAUAAGGGUGUUCCACAACUGGGAAGGGAUUGGUGUUUCAUUCCCAAAGAGCCAACCAAUGAAAGUAUAUUCAAGUCUAUGGAAUGCAGAUGAUUGGGCAACCAGAGGAGGGCUAGUGAAGACAGAUUGGACAAAGGCUCCUUUCACAGCAUCUUACAGAGACUUCAAUGCCAAUGGGUGUGUUGCAUCAACUAGUUCAUCAUUAUUAUCUUGCAGCUCAAAAUAUGCCAAUACUCUACAUGGAGCAAAAAACAAUCAAGGAGGAUUGGACGCCAUGAGUAGGAAUAGAUUGAGAUGGGUGCAAUCCAAGUUCAUGGUUUAUAAUUACUGCACUGACCGUAAAAGAUUUCCUCAAGGCAUCCCAGCUGAAUGUAAGCGCUCAAGGUUUCUAUGAGCAAAAAACUUGAAAACGUAUUGAUUAUUUGAUUUGUUUAGUAAUUCCUGCAAUAUUCAGAUAUGGUUUCAUGUAAUUUUUUAAAAUUCUUUUUUUGCAUAUAAAUUUGUAUCCUAGAAUUGUCUUAUC